AUGUACCGACGCACACGAAUGCACUACGGUGUCUUGGCCGUCUUUGUGAAGGAGCUCAAGAAGGUCCCGGCUUACCUCUCCUACAAGGCAAGGGAAGGCGCGAGAACGUAUGUGGACUCCGCAUCCAAGGCAGUUGAGUUUUUGAAGGGAGAGGACCUAAACGAGGACCCGGUCAUGCGCAGCAAGCGGCGCCAACACCGAGAUAUGUACCAGGCCAUCCUCCGCGAGCAAGCUGUAAAGGUGCAAGAAGAUGCGGCGCAGAGGCGGGCGAGUCUGUCGUGGAAAGAAAAGCUGCAGCUCUCCUUCAAGGAAGCGAAAGAGAGCGUGGCACAGAUGACGUCGGCGAAGGCCGGCGCGAUGGCGCUGCUGCAGCACUGCACGGCCUCCCAUGCAGCGGAGGUUGCGCUAGAGCAAGGCAUUGAUGUGAAGAACGUUCAGGUAGUCUUUGAGAAGGUGGCGGCGAACAAUUCGGUGGGUUACGAGGAAGUCGUCGUUGGCUACAUCGAUGCGCCAGUAGCAUCGAAGGAGGAGGUGAUGGCGUUCGCCGAAAAACUCCACAAGGCGUGUCCAGUGGCAAGAAGCAUGCACAUUGAAUGGCGUCAAGGCAGCGCGGACGUGCGCGAGCAGGGGAAUGAAUCCUUCCUACGCGGUGAUGGACGGCGGGGUGAAAUGGAGCAGGUCACCAGAGGGGUAGAACGGGCCGAGAAUCACACUGGCAGUAGCCCCAGUGACUUCUCUUCUACUCCCGACGCAGCAUCGACAGUGUAUGCGGAGAACAUGCCAGCGGGGAUACCAGGCUCCCGAAGAACUUUUGCAUCGAUGUCGAGUUGGGCGAGCCGAGGCGGCGGCAGUGGAGACCUCCGAGAUGACGAAGGCGAGCUGCAUUUUCCAAGCUUGAAGAGAAGAGACGCAGCUCGGAAUUACACGUGUCACGACAGGAGUGACACCAAGGAGCCAUCAAAGGAGACGUGCACCGCUAGCUGUCCGCCACCGCCACCACUCGAAUCAGAGCCUAGCGCGGCGAUACAGCCGGCGUCAAUGAACAGUGGCACAGCCUCCUGCUCGUCCCCCCAAAGUCCUGAAGCAGCUCUAAACAAGCAGUAA